CGGAGUUCCCUGAGAAUGAUAACAUUCUCCACAUCCCGCAGACCCCAAAUAAACCCACGUCGUCCUCAGGCACUGCCGAGGCCCGAGGAGGGGAGGGAGCAUGCGAGAUCUUCGUUUUCUGAUCCGGGAUUGAGCCCGUACCCCCUACAGUGGAAGUGCGGAGUCCUAACCACUGGACAACCAGAAACCCAGAGGAAGACCCCACCGACGGGCCGACGGCCUCGGCUCCGCAGCCGCUCCGCGCACCGCACCAGCACCUUCUCCGCACCAGGAAAGCCCCACAUGCCUGCAGCCAAGAUGUCCAGUAAACGGGCCAAGGCCAAGACCACCAAGAAGUGGCCACAGAGAGCCACGUCCAAUGUGUUCGUGAUGUUUGACCAGUCCCAGAUCCAGGAGUUUAAGGAGGCCUUCAACAUGAUCGACCAGAACCGAGACGGCUUCAUUGACAAGGAGGACCUGCAUGACACGCUGGCCUCGAUGGGGAAGAACCCCACGGACGAGUACCUGGAAGGCAUGAUGAGCGAGGCCCCGGGGCCCAUCAACUUCACCAUGUUCCUCACCAUGUUUGGGGAGAAGCUGAACGGCACAGACUCCGAGGACGUGAUCCGCAACGCCUUCGCCUGCUUCGACGAGGAGGCCUCAGGUUUCAUCCAUGAGGACCACCUUCGGGAGCUGCUCACCACCAUGGGCGACCGCUUCACAGAUGAGGAGGUGGACGAGAUGUACCGAGAGGCGCCCAUUGAUAAGAAAGGCAAUUUCAACUACGUGGAGUUCACUCGCAUCCUCAAACACGGCGCCAAGGACAAUGACAACUAGGCCAUCCCAGUGCCCCCUGCCCAGGCCCCUGUCCCAGCCACCUGCUCCCACAUAUACCGUCUGCACCAGAUCCGUGCCCAUGAGCCCAGAGCCCCCUCUCAGAGGACUGUCCCUCUGAGGAGCCGGGGGCCCAGCUCUGAGUGAAGGAAACAGGCUGAGCACCGUACCAGGCCAGGGGCAUAGCCAACGGGAGGCCGGUGACCCUCCGAGGAAACCCCAUCUUCUUGGGAGCUGGGCCAGGGGGCUGGACUGGGAGGCCCCGAGGGGAGGCUCCUAGGAGAGCCCCAGCCUUGGCUGUUGCCUGCCCGCUUCCGGCUGCUCCCCACAGGAAGGGCCCUGUGUCCUGGUCUGGGACACCAUGCCACUUGCACCCGCCCUGCAAGCCCUUCCCCAGCCACUGCCACAAACACACAGAUUUCACCGAGGUCCCCUCUCAGAGGACAGGGUGCCACUCCCCUCCCUUCCACCUCGCCCGGCCACGAGAACACACCCCACCCCACCAGGAGUGUGCUCCGGAAGAUGCAAGAGGGCGGACAUUCGUCUCGGGGAGGCAGAGCCUUUAACAGAAGGUGGAGCACUGCUUUGGGUGUGUAUGUCUGUGGUUGGGGUGAAAUAAAGGCGCCCUGAGGCCGCCCCCCCCCCCCAAAAAAAAAAGAAAAAAGAAA